AUGCUGAGGAGCGCUCUGCUGGUCGCGGCGCUCUGGCUCCUGCGCGCGCAGCCGUUUCCGUGCCCACCCUCCUGCAGGUGCGCCUUCGGCGACGCCGCGCACUGCUCGCGCGGCACGGUGGCCGGCAUCGCUGCGCUCGGCCUGCCCACCAACCUCACGCAUAUUUUGCUCUUCCAAAUGGGCCGCGGCACCCUGCAGAACAACAGCUUCAGUGGCAUGACCGUCCUGCAGCGCCUGUUGCUGUCUGACAGCCACAUUUCCGCCAUUGCCCCGGGCACAUUCAACGACCCGAUAAAACUUAAAACCCUGAGGUUAUCGCGCAACAAGAUCACUCAUCUCCCAGGCGCACUGUUGGAUAACCUGGUGCUCCUGGAACAGUUGUUUCUGGACGGCAAUGAACUAAAGAGCCUUGACCAAAACCUGUUUCAGAAACUGGUUCACCUUCAGGAGCUCUUUCUGAACCAAAACCAGCUCGCUUUCCUGCCUGCUAGCCUCUUCACACACCUGGGGAACCUGAAACUGUUGGAUUUAUCGGGAAACAAUUUGACCCACCUGCCCGAGGGGUUGUUUGGGGUCCAGGUUAAGCUGGAGAAGCUUCUGCUCCACUCGAACCGGCUGGUCUCUUUGGGGUCGGGGCUGUUGGACAGCCUGCGCGCCCUGAAGGAGCUGCAGCUCCACACCAAUCACCUCCGUUCCAUCGUCCCCGGCGCCUUCGACCGGCUGCGAAGCCUGAGCUCCUUGACCCUUGCCGGAAACCGCCUCGAGUUUCUGCCCUCCGCCCUCUUUCUUCAUUCGCACAAUCUGACCUUCCUGACCCUGUUCGAGAACCCGCUGGAGGAACUCCCCAAGGUGCUCUUCGGGGAGAUAGGCGGCCUGCGGGAGCUGAGGCUGACAGGCACCCAGCUGCGCACCCUGCCCGCCGCCGCCUUCCGCAACCUCACCGGCCUGCGCGUCCUGGAGGUGUCGCUGAGCCCGAGGCUGAGCGCGCUCCCGGAGGACGCCUUCCGAGGCCUCGGAGAGCUGCAGGUGCUCGCCCUGCGUUCCACAGGCCUGGCCUCGCUCCCCGCCGGCCUGCUCCGCGGCCUCGGCCGGCUCCGCCACGUGUGGCUGCGCAGCAACCGGCUGCGCGCAGUGCCCAGCGCCCUUUUCCGCAACCUCAGCAGCCUGGAGGAGGUCCAGCUCGACCACAACCAGCUGGAGACCCUGCCGGGCGACGCGUUUGAGGCUCUGCCCCGGCUGGCGGCGGUCCUGCUGGGACACAAUCCCUGGCGCUGCGACUGUGGCCUGGGGCCGUUCCUGGCGUGGCUGCGGAGGCACGCGGACCUCGUGGGUCGAGCCGAGCCCCCGCGGUGUCACGGGCCCGGGCCGCACGCCGGCCGACUGCUCUGGACCCUGCAGGCCGGCGACCUCGGCUGCCCGCGCCCCGGGAGCCCGCCUCCCAGCCGCCUGGCCGGGGGCUACUCCGAAGGCCCCCCGCAGCCCACCCUGCCCGCCGCCCCUGCCCGCGCUAACUUGGGACCCAAGCGCUCCGAGUCGUGGACCCGGCAGGUGGCUGAGAACCAAAGUCAGGACCAUAGCCUAUUCUGGGGUCUUUAUUUUCUGCUUUUAGCCGCUCAGGCCCUAAUUACUGGGAUUAUUGUGUUUGCGAUGAUUAAACUCGGCAGGCUCUUUCGGAAGUUAAUCACAGAGCUCUGGUUCGAGGCGAUGAGAAAACCUUGCAAUUAAUUAAAACGUGACUGGAGUAUUGUCAGACGUGGCUCCGGGGAGAGUCCAGACCAGCUGACGCUAUCUUCCUCUCCCUUCAUCCUCCUCUGCCAUCCCCUUCCCUCCCUCUCCCCUCCCCGCUCAGUGACACCUCUCCCUCUGAGCCCCCGUACCAUUUACAGUGGUAAACCCUGACUGUCUGUUGUACCUGCUUUCCCAUCCGCAGCGUGCUCCUGGCAGCGCGGACCGCGACGGCCCCUCCCUGUGCCCACAGUCGGGGAUGGGUGGGCGGGGUGAUGAAAGGGGGUCUCUGCAGUAUGAACUGAGGGAGGGUGCAAAGAAGACAGCCAACUCAGGCCAGGGCCUGCCUCCUGCAGCUGGUAGAUGGCUGCAAAUGUUAAAAUGAAUAAAU